GCCACUGUUGUUUAUCCGGUUUGAGACCCCUCGUCGUUGAAGCAACGAUGGCUAGCGCUGGAGCUAAACAAGCGCCUAAAAAUAACUCGAAAGCCUCCGCGGGAGGCACCGGGGCGGCGGGGGCUGCCGGUGCGCCCCCGGCAAUGCCCCUCGCUUCUCCACUCAUGGGGAAAAAGAAAAAGCCGUUCCUGGGGAUGCCCGCUCCGCUCGGUUACGUCCCCGGUCUCGGCAGAGGUGCCACUGGCUUCACAACACGAUCUGAUAUUGGUCCUGCUCGUGAUGCCAAUGAUCCAGUGGAUGAUCGCCAUGCGCCCCCAGGGAAGAGAACAGUUGGAGACCAAAUGAAAAAGAACCAAGAGGAAGACGAGGAAGAUCUGAACGACACCAACUAUGAUGAGUUCAAUGGAUAUGCAGGAAGCUUGUUUUCCAGUGGUCCCUACGAGAAAGACGAUGAAGAAGCAGAUGCCAUAUAUGCUGCAUUGGACAAAAGGAUGGACGAAAGACGCAAAGAAAGAAGGGAGUUGAGAGAAAAGGAAGAAAUCGAGAAGUACCGUAUGGAGCGGCCAAAAAUACAGCAGCAGUUUUCAGAUCUAAAGAGGAAGUUGGCAGAGGUUUCAGAAGAAGAGUGGUUGAGCAUCCCAGAGGUGGGAGAUGCAAGAAACAAGCGGCAGAGGAAUCCCCGCUACGAAAAACUCACCCCUGUCCCAGACAGCUUCUUUUCCAAACACCUGCAGACUGGAGAGAACCACACCUCUGUUGACCCUUUGCAAGGGCUGGCGGGGCUGAACACCAAUUACCCCGGAAGCAUGACCCCUGGCCUGAUGACUCCAGGGACUGGAGAACUGGACAUGAGGAAGAUCGGUCAGGCCAGGAACACGCUGAUGGAUAUGAGGCUCAGUCAGGUUUCUGACUCUGUGAGUGGACAAACAGUGGUAGAUCCUAAAGGUUACCUGACAGAUCUCAACUCCAUGAUCCCCACAUAUGGCGGGGACAUCAGUGACAUCAAGAAAGCUCGUCUGCUGUUAAAAUCAGUGAGGGAGACCAAUCCCCAUCACCCCCCUGCCUGGAUUGCAUCAGCGAGGCUGGAGGAGGUGACUGGCAAACUGCAGGUGGCAAGGAACCUCAUCAUGAAAGGGACUGAGAUGUGUCCUAAGAGUGAGGAUGUUUGGUUAGAGGCAGCUCGGCUCCAGCCUGGUGACACAGCUAAAGCCGUGGUAGCCCAGGCUGUCCGCCACUUGCCACAGUCGGUCCGCAUCUACAUCAGAGCUGCAGAACUGGAGACAGACGUCAGGGCUAAGAAACGAGUCCUCAGGAAAGCCCUGGAGAAUGUGUCCAAGUCUGUGCGUCUGUGGAAGACAGCCGUGGAGCUCGAGGAGCCAGAGGAUGCCAGGAUCAUGCUUAGCCGAGCAGUGGAGUGUUGCCCUACGAGUGUGGAGCUGUGGCUGGCUCUUGCCCGGUUAGAGACAUACGAGAAUGCCCGUCGUGUCCUGAACAAAGCUCGAGAGAACAUUCCCACUGACCGACACAUCUGGAUCACUGCUGCCAAGUUGGAGGAGGCCAACAGCAAUACUCAGAUGGUGGACAAGAUCAUUGACAGAGCCAUUACUUCUCUACAUGCCAACGGUGUGGAGAUCAACAGAGAGCAGUGGAUACAGGACGCAGAGGAGUGUGACAAGGCUGGCAGUGUGGCUACCUGUCAGGCUGUGAUAAGAGCCGUCAUUGGGAUUGGGAUUGAGGAGGAGGACCGUAAACACACCUGGAUGGAGGAUGCAGAGAGUUGUGUGUCCCAUGGAGCGCUGGAGUGUGCCAGAGCCAUCUAUGCCCAUGCCCUGCAGGUGUUCCCAAGCAAAAAAAGUGUGUGGCUCAGAGCUGCCUACUUUGAAAAGAGCCAUGGCACCAGGGAGUCUUUGGAGGCUCUGCUCCAGAGAGCUGUGGCUCACUGUCCCAAAGCAGAGGUCCUGUGGCUGAUGGGGGCCAAGUCCAAAUGGCUGGCUGAGGAUGUGCCUGCAGCCAGAAGUAUCCUGGCUCUGGCCUUUCAGGCUAAUCCAAACAGUGAAGAGAUCUGGCUGGCUGCUGUGAAACUGGAGUCCGAGAAUAAUGAGUAUGAAAGAGCUCGUCGACUGCUGGCCAAGGCCCGCAGCAGUGCCCCAACAGCCAGGGUAUUUAUGAAAUCUGUGAAGUUGGAGUGGGUGUUGGGAAACAUAGAAGCUGCUCAGGAGCUGUGCACUGAGGCGCUGAAACACUACGAGGACUUCCCUAAACUGUGGAUGAUGAGAGGCCAGAUUGAGGAGCAGUGUGAAAACAUGGACAAAGCCAGAGAGGCUUACAACCAAGGGUUGAAAAAGUGUCCCCACUCGGUGUCGCUGUGGUUGUUGCUGUCUCACCUUGAAGAGAGAGUGGGACAGCUGACUCGAGCCAGAGCGAUUCUGGAGAAGGCCCGACUCAAGAACCCGCAGAGCCCAGAGCUGUGGCUGGAUUCAGUCAGACUGGAGUUCAGGGCUGGACUGAAAAACAUUUCCAACACGCUGAUGGCCAAAGCUCUGCAGGAGUGCCCCAAUUCAGGUAUCCUGUGGGCUGAGGCUGUGUUUUUGGAGGCCAGACCUCAAAGGAAGACUAAGAGCGUGGACGCUUUGAAGAAGUGUGAACACGACCCCCACGUCUUGCUUGCUGUAGCAAAGCUGUUUUGGAGCGAGCGCAAGAUCACUAAAGCCAGAGAGUGGUUCCUUAGGACAGUGAAGAUCGACCCAGACCUGGGAGAUGCUUGGGCUCUCUUCUACAAGUUUGAGCUGCAACACGGCACAGAGGAACAGCAGGAAGAAGUGCGGAAGCGCUGUGAGAAUGCCGAGCCCCGCCACGGUGAGCUGUGGUGUGCCGAGUCUAAGCACGUCCUCAACUGGCAGAAGAAGACGGGAGAGAUCUUAGCGCUGGUCGCCAGCAAGAUCAAGAACACGUUCUGAAACGGAGGAAACGCCGAUGUAAAGGACCGCAAACACUGGCAGGACUCUGGCCGUCACCAGGGAGGCAGGGAGGCAGGGAAGCGGCUACUGACCUCCUUCUUCCCUUUACCCUCCAUGUUGACUCUUUUACCUUCGUCAAUCACAGUUGCUUCACUUUAUCAACAAUAUUGAUCUCAUGCUAAAGUGAAACCAAAUCUAUAAUAAAUCUAUAUAUAUAUAUAUAUAUAUAUAUAUAUAUAUAUAUAUAUAUAUAUAUAUAUACACACACACACAUAUACAUAUUGACAUAGAAUGACAUCUUAAUAAGAUAACAUUUUCUGUUCCAUGAAGGCAGAUGAUCCGCUGUGGCGACCCCUAAAGUGAGAAGCUGAAAGAAGAAGAAAACAGAUAUUCUUACUUUUCUGGCCUGAGUUAACUGAAACUUUCUCAUCAUUUAAAAAACAAAAAGGCUAAAAGGUUCAAAUUGGAAUGUUUUUGCCAACAAAAUUGUGAUAGAAUUACGAUUACUCAAAAUAAUGUGAUAUAUAAAGAGCUGAAAAAUGAAAGUUUUCCUGCCACAAAAGAAAGCAAGGAAAGAUGUUUUGUUUGUCCAUUGUGGGCUACUGUAAAACAUUAGAUCCAAAAUGGCCACCUUGGUAUAGCUGACUGAAUAUAAAAGGCUCAUUCUGUGGUCAUGAAAAACACUUCAUACUAUCAGGUGAUUGUACACUUAUUUAAAAAAAAUAAUAAUUUCACCUAAAUUUUACAGCCUUCAACAGAGCGUUUGAUAAAUGUGUCACUGAUUGUUUGACGAUGGUAAAAGAAUAAACGAGCAGAAAGGAAAUGGAAAACUUUAUUGCACUCGGACGAAAUGUAACAUUUUCAGCAUUUUUUUUCUGUGACGUCGUUUACACAGAGACGACGUUUGAUUUGCUUCAUGUUGUAACGAUCUGAUAAUUUUUUUAGUGUGCUUGAAAUGUUUUGUUUGUUUUUUAGUACCAUGCAGGAAGGAAUCCAAGAAAUAAAUCACUUUUUCAACA